AUGCAGGGUGCUCAUAAGGGGACUCCCCUCUGCAAGCGUCAUUUGACGGAGAUGGGCCGCUCUAGCAGCCCAGCUCCCAAAAAAGAGGGGCCGAACCCGAAACUCGAGGAGCCGAUACUCAGCUCUGUCCGUCGAUCCCUUUCGGUCGACUCGCAUCGCAACUUUGGUGAACGUGCUGUGAGGUUCCAGGACCCUGCUGUCCAGAUCUCUCCAAAGGGGGGUAAUGAGUCAGCUGAGUUCGAGGCCCCGACCCGAGCUGAGCGAACCGCUCAUCCACGGGCAGGGGCCCCUGCUCUAGUUCGUAUCCGUCCUUUCUUUGGCAAAGGGGCAACCUCGGCCUGGUACAUCUUCAUGGGAGUUGUGGAGAUCUCACCGGACAGCAGACGUAGCGAAAGAGGAGUUCUGAGGGUCCCCUCGCUGGACCUCCGAGUCAGUCUACCCUGGCAUUGUCUUGGUGAUCCGCCAAAAACCGAUUCCGCUGGACGUUAUCCUCGCAGCUGGUUGCAGGAGUUCCUCCACUCAGUUCCUAAGGACCUGGAAGAAAGGGGGGUGUCCAUUCAGGCGACUCUCCUAGCUCCCUCCUCCUCUUCGUGGGGUUACGAAUGGGAAGGCCGAGGGGUCGUGGCGCAGGACGCUCCGCCCUUCAGCAUCAAGCCGGAUUGCUUACGCCAGGUCACCAGUGUGCCCGAGAUCACACUGCUUCCUCACGAAGAUUGUCGAAUGUUGCGCGCCGAAGGCGAAGGGAAUCCACUGGCCUCCGCCGGUCUUUUCGGUCUCUACUGGGAGCAGGUUUCGUCCAAUGGGGAGGCGAUAGCCUUGGUUGCUGGCACUUUCGGUCUCAGCCCAGAGAAGGCCCCAGCCACGUCCCAAGAUGUUGACCCGCUUGCCUGGGGUCCGAAGACACUGGGGCAGCUUGGCGAGACCUUGGGCGUUCCGCCCCUCCCGCCUCCUCCGCUCCCUCCUCAACUUGGCAACCUGGCACCGGACUUGGUAGGCACUGGACUUAGGUCUCAGAGGGACGGAGGCCAUGAAUCUGGGGAGAGGGUUGCUAAGGAAAGCUCUGAUUGCGUUACCGCACGUACGGAACAAGUGGAAGCCUGGGGCCCUCCUACUGAGCAUAAGAUCGAGGGUCGGGUCAAAGCGCCCUCCACUUUUCUGACUUGGCUGCGCUAUGCUGAGAACGCUGUGAAGGUCUUUGGCAGUGCUUAUGGUCUCGAGCAUGUCCAGGAACGGAUGAAGUUCCUGAAGGCUUUGCAGGAAGCCCAUGAGGAAGACGAGCAUGCCUUUCCUUUCAAGUACUGCAUGGAACUCUACGAGGCUAGGCUCAAAGUCUACGAUCUGGUGAAAACGGAAGGGCUGCUCGAUUCGCUGCAGGGAUUUAGCGAUCAUCUGAAGUCCCAUGCCCAGGCUUGCUUGGAUAAGAUGGGGCACAAAGCCGGCCUGGACUCCUCUGACAGUGAGGAGGUUCCAACGCUGGAGGUGGUGGACUUGCAGGACAAACUUCCUCUGGGAGAGGAUUUGGGUCACCUUCUUGGGUCGGAAUCCGAAGGAGGAGACUCGGCAGCGCUUGAACAGGCUGCCGAGGGGGCAGCUCGCGUUAUACGCGAUCUGACCGUUGGGGGAUGGGGAGCCUUUCUGGAGGAGAGCGGGACGGCCCGCCCCGCUCUGUUUGGCACACCGCCCUUCCAAAGAUCUGGCCAUGUUCAUGUGUGGGCCUGCCCUGAAUCCUUGGAGGCGUGGACACAGCCAACAGCCACACCUCUUACGGUGGAUGAGAUAGACCAAAUGUCGGCGCCGGCUCUUGCAGCAGGGGGAGAGGUCACGUUGAGCUUCUUAGACCUGUCAGGGGCGCCCAAUUUGGCAGGCUGGGAAGAGGUAACGGACGCAUUCAUUGCUAAAGCUUUGGAGGCCGGCCGUCAGUACGUGGUGUGCUUGGCACUCCAGCAUCAGCAUCUCCAAAAGCGUUGGCUUGGCAGGGUUGGUCGGGUCGAUCCCGAGGCAGGAAUUAUCACUUUCCCCAAGCUGGGGCAGCGGCCAAUUGCCUGGUUGGUGAGUUCCGCCCUGCGCGCCUGUAGUGGGGAGCUCCGGGCGGUAGCUAAGGAGCUUCCAGAUGAGUCUCUGCGUGGAAGUCAGCACCUGGUGGAGUGGCUCUGGUCGCCGUCGAGUCGGGUGAUACCGCCCUCGGCUCCUCCCACCCGCCCGCUCAAGGGGGGGGCGGGGCAGGUCGCUCCCAAAAAUCAGGAGGACAAGGCAGGAAGUCAAGGAAGGCGGAUUCAAAGGCCUAUAUCCGCGGCUCAUGCGGACUAUCUGAAGAAGAUGGCCAACGAAGGUGUGCCCAGCAGGCGUGAACAGCCCUUGGUCAGAGAAGACGCCAAGAACCACGGCUCGGUAUACGGGUAUGAGGAAGAGCUACUCCAGAAAACCUGGAAGGACGCGGCAUACGGAGCGGCUCUGUUCAUCGACCCCAACGACCCGGUGGUGGAGGAGCUGCUCAAGGAAGCCCGUGUGGCAGAGAGCCCUCUCGGCCGGGUGCCUAAGCAGAAUCCGGACCGCACCAUUUCGGCAGAGGGCCGGCCCAUCAAUGACAUGCGCCGCCAGAAUGAGGCAUCCCUCAAAAAAGGUGCGCGAAGAGAGAUGUCCCUCGAGCUUUUAAGUGGCAUUUUCUCCGCCCACGGGACGUCCCGGAAUUUGCUGUCAGGCUGGCGGGUCUCAUCAUCCUUAGCCUGGCCCCCAAAAUUCGUAGCCUGGAGCUCUGCCGCCCGAAGUCACCACGGGGCGUACCGCCCUAGCAAUCCUGCGUUUGACGAUGUCGUGCCCAUUGAGUCAAAGUGGCUCAUGGAUGACGGGGUGGCGGUGGAACCCAUGGUGGGCACCCGCAUCCAGCAAUCCCUCGACCUCCUGGAUUCCACGAUGAAAUUGGUUUGGGGCCCCGAAGGGGUGAACGUUGAAAAGAUGGCUGAAGAAGGCGAACCUUCCACUUCGCAGCUGUUGUGGGGCUUGCACAUGGACUUCGACGAUCUGACAGUCACUCUGCCGGAGCCAAAGAGGAUCAAGGCCAAGUAUCUUCUGAACGAGCCGGCCCUAGCUCGCGGGAACAAACAGCUCCCGCUAGGUCUCCUGCAGGAGGUGAUCGGAUGCGCACAGUACUGGUCCGUGGUCUGCCCGGAGCUGGUGCCACACUUACCAUCCUUGUACCAUUUGCUCAAGGGGAAUCUUCAAGGCACACGGAAGUCAGCUCAGGCCAGGAAGCAGGACACCUAUCUCCAAGUGGAGGCGGCCUCCGAAAGCGAAGCAGAUCGUCGUUGGGAAGACUUCUGGGAUGCGCUCGAUUUUGUCCGUCUUCAGCUAGAGUCUCCUCUCACGACUAGUUUCUCAGCUGCAUUUGAGAAGCUGCUCCCACUUCGCGAGAGGCUAGCGUUACCAGGCGUGACCGCCCGAACGCGGAUCACCGGGGGCGAUGCUACCUUAGGCCGGAUUGGUGCCUUGCGGAAGGAUAGAGCGUUCCAUGCUUCCGAGGCUGGGCCCUACGCGGAGACCCUACGAAGGCUAGCCGACGCUGAGGAUGAGCUCGAGAUCAUUUCCAUUAUGGAAUUGCUGGCGUUUGUGGCGUUAGCUUGCGAAAGAGGAGACCAAUGGCGCGGUGAGCUGGUCUUGUACGUGACGGACAACGCCAACGUGCGCUCUUGGCUCUUCAAAAGAAGACCUAGCAACCGCAUCGCCGGCCUCUUGAUUCGGCUGGUUCAACGCUUGGAAGCAGAAAGAGGUUUCUCCGUCCACCCGAUCUAUAUCCGGACAUACAGGAACCAUCUGGCCGAUUGGCGGAGUCGAGAGGAUCUUCAGCAAGCCAGCCAGGAAUUAGAAAGGAAAGGUUGGGUGAACGCCUCUCGCCCUUUCCCCUGGGAAACUUUCCUGAGAGAUGCAGCCCGGCACUCGUUGGUGAUGCCACUCGCGGGGGACCCCCUGGCGAAGACCGCCCGUCAGCUCACUCAUCUGGGCGAUUCACCGGGUCGAACGUUGAGGGCCCUUUGCAUCCGAGAGGACCCCAAGGGAGAGGAGAGAGCCUACCUCUUGAGAUUGCUCAAGAAAGAGAAGAGAUGGAGCCGGCUGCUGGUCGACGCGCCCCGACAUUUGGACGGGGACGCUUUCGCCAAGCAGCUCGAGGUUUUCUUCGUGGGAGUUCGCCGGGCCGGGUACUUAAGCAGCCAUUUGGGCGCCCUCUCCGCCCGCAGGAGGCAAGUUAUUUGGUGCUGGCGGGAAGGCGAGCCUGAGCCUCCCGGUUCCUUGGAAAACCUUAAGGUCACUCCUCCGCCCGCUUUGCAGCUUCUCCCGUUAGGAACCGGUGCUGCCGAAGCAGCGGUGAUUCUGCCAGGAACCUUUGUCCAAGAGCCCAAUAUUGUGACCACUGGUGACCCGCGGUUGCCUCACGCAUGUGGGCAUCUCAAGGGCAAAGGCUUGCCCCCAAAGUGCAUUGUGCACCGUGUCACCGGCCCAGCCUGCGCGUUCGUAGGACCCAUGAAGGACUUCAGGGGCCCCGGAGGCACACUGGUCGCUGUGCCUCAAGGAGUUCGACCCCUUGCACCCGGCGAGGUCGCAAGGGCCCAAGGUCUCUCCCCUUCUCAGUGGCAGGCCUUGCAGGAGCGUGUCGGUGCCUUCGUGACUUGGCUCGCGAGCCUGGCUGGCAGGCUGAACUUUUCCGGAGGAAGCGCCGAUGAUGCAGAAAACGACCUUGGCGACGAGCUCAACGAUGAGGAAAAGGCCGAGGUCCGCCGCAUCGAAAAAGAGUGCACUGACCUCGAGAAGCAGCUCUGCGGGUUGUCGGCCACCCAGCAGAGGACUUUCCUUGAACGCCUCGCCGACAACAGUGCCCCGGUGGUCGGCGGACACUCUGAAGCGGCUACCGCGGACAAGGACCCGAAGUACCACGUGGACCGAGCUGAAGUGGGGCAUGUCGUCGCCUUCCAACGGCACCGAUCGAGGCUCCGAGCCAUUCAACACCAGCUCCACCGCGGGUCUGUGGCGCCACAGCCGAGGAUCGUCAUCGAAAGGGCGCCUGGGGCGUUGCCGCCGAUGAUGUCCUUAGGGCGGGAACACAGACUUCGCCUUCUUCGACGCCUACAUGAGUUCGAACGAGCAGGUGUUGAAUGGACCCAGGAGGAGAUCGAGGCCUCUUUGACCAUGGAGCAGUUCCUGGACUACAUCGAGUAG